CUGCCGCCGUAUUGGUCGAGGAACAUCAGCUGAUGUCGGCUGGCAGGUGCCACCAGGAAGCAGCACUCUGAAAAGGAUGAUCACCGCGAUCAUUUACACGAUCAAGCGCGAGUUCAAGGCGCAAUCUCGAAACCUCACGCACGACAAGCCGGACAGAUUUAGCAAAAGCCAGUGGGUCCGUUCCGAAUCGCAAAAAUGCACGUCCAUCUACCUGUGCUACAAGUGGUUGAUCGCCGCGUACCUCUUUGUUGGGCUCAUCAUUACCAUAGUGGACAUUCGCACCCUGGGUCAACUGUCGUGGCCAGAAAACGUCUUUUUCAGACUCAAAUGGGCCGUCUACGUCACUAAUUGGUCGGCCGUCAUCGUUUUCGCCCAGGCCGUCAUGGCCGCCGUCCUCGCCACCAAACAUCACUUGACCUCCGGUCAAUCAGAUCGCCAAAUGACCAAGCUGCACAAGAGUUACUGGCUGCUUAAUAACAUGGGAAACGUUCUCGCCCCGGCCGUCACCCUUUUAUACUGGACAACUGUCUACAAUUCCAAAAUGCACAGGCUGGACUUUGUGAAUGCGCACAACCACAUCAUGAACUCGGUGGUGGUGGCGGCCGACCUGGCGUUGGCCGCGCACCCCGUUCGGCUGCUGCACGUGUACCAGCCGGUGCUGUUCGCGAUGGGCUACGGCACCUUUUCGGCCGUGUACUUCCUGUUCGGCGGCACCAAUCGCGACCACAACUCGAAAAUCUACCCGCUGCUCAACUGGCAGAAGCCCGGCCUGGCCGUCGCGGCCGUCGUGGCCGCCUGCCUGCUGCUCGUCGUCCUACACGCGCUCGUCUGGCUCUUCUACUUGCUGAGGAGGAAAAUCGCGUUGUUCCUCGUGGCGUCGCCCAGCGGCGGACAAUACGCCGUCCAACCCACUCAAGACGUCCCGCCCUCUGUUCGCGAACAGAUUCAGCUCUGCUAAUUGCCGUGCGACCCCGACCUCUUGUUGAAAUUUGAGGAGUGAUCAAGGUUUUGCAUUCAUUAAGUUCAUUUAGGGCGGGGAAAAAAUGGACAAUUUUUUUAACGUUUUGUUUCAUUUUUGAAACUAUUAUUCUUUUAUAUAGACAUGCUUUGAUUAAAAAGAAUGAUUUCUUGAUGAAGAUGAGCUCAAUUUAAGUUUAACAUAAAUUUUAAUCACGACUUGUUAUAAAGCCUGAGGAGUUGAAAUUUAUUUUCCAUAAAAAUUGCAUCUUUAUAAAAAUUAAAAAAGCGUGAGGGGAAAUUUUAUACAUUAAGAAAAUUAUAUUUUUCAUAAUACUUGGCUCAAAAUAUGGAAAAGAUUUUAAACUUGAACUAAUAAAUAAUUGGCUUUAUGCAACACAAAACUAUCAAAAAUUGCUAAAAUUAAAUAAUAAUAUUAAUCUCUAUUAUCCUGACUUAUAUGAUAAUGAAUGAUAAUCUUGGUUAUUCCACCUCCUUCAAAUCUUUUAUGCAAGUCGAAAGGUUGAUAGACGUUUUUUCCCAGCCCUAAAGUUUGGAAUCAUUAAUAUAAUAUUUAAUUAAUUUUUCGGUCAAAGGGGGACCAAUAAUUUUUUUGCACCCAUUUGGAACUUUCAAAUUUAUAAGAAAAAGCAGAAAUUUUUCCACCCAUUUUUUCUAAAAAUGAAAAUAAGUCGCAUGUUCCUGAAAGUCUCAAUAUUUUUUUCCAUUCCAUGAACAAAAAAAAAAUAUUUCUAGAUCAACUCGAAAAUAAAACAAUUAGGUCAACACAAUUUUUAGGGAAUAAUUGUAGUGUAAACUUGCAGUCAAUUGCAUUGUAACUCUUUUUGUAUCUCAACCUGUUCCAUGCUCAUUAUAUUGAUUUAAUUUUUAUGAGGACCAACGCAAAAUUUGUUUUUAAGUUCUAUUAAAAAUGACGAUUUUCUUGCUCCACUUCAACUCAAUAUUUAACUGAUGGUUUUCGCAAAAAGGUAAUUAUCUAAUUUUAUACACGAUCUAAACAAUACUGAGAGUUGAUCUCUCUUAACCCAUACCAACAUUUAAAAAUGAUGUGUGUUUGUGAAUAUUUCCUACUUGACCAAAGAUGAAUUUGUGUAUUGUAUGUUUAACAGGGCUUAGCUGUGAUUGUAAAGGACGCAGGACACCUUACUUAAAAUUGUAAGAAAGGAAAUCAUUGACUUUGGAAUGCCGGGAAAGCAAUUGUGUGCUAUUUAUUAAAUUAUAUUGUAAUUUAUUGAUAUAUAUCUAUUGUGUUUGUAAUGUAAGUAGAAGCAAACUAGUCCUGGAUGACACAAUUUGUAGCGUGUUUUAGGUUUGGAAGCAUUUAAAACCCACAGCUCUCUCUAUGAACAAGAAAACUUGUAAUUAAAAUAUGAAAAAACAAAAAUACUGGUCUUUUCUUCUUCGAUACAUAAUAUGUACAUAAUUCAUAAAGAAAACUGUAUUAGUUCACCUUUUAAUAAUUUUUGAAGCAAAGGAUUUUAGUGAUUUAAAUAAAAAAAAAUCCAUCUUUUCUUUCUUUUAAAAGAGACACACAUUACAAUUCAUCUGUUGACGCACUUCGUUACUUUAAUAUAGAUACUUCAUUUAAAAGCGGCAAUUGGCAUGUUUAUUUUUAAAGGCGUACAAAUGUCAUGCAGCCACAAUGUUUCAACAGCUUCUAG